CUCUCUCUCUCUCCCCCCCAAAAACCCCAAAAUCGGAAGCUCGACCAACUCCGCCGCGAGCUUCUCGAGGUCGACCAACUCCGCCUCCCUCCCAACGUCGGACCCCAAAAUCGGAGCCCAAAAAUCGGAGCUCGCUGUAAAUUCCGACCACCGCGAGAUCCCUCCUCCCUUCCUCCUCUGCCACGACUACGAAGUCUGAGCUCGAUCUUAAAUCUCCCAACUCAGGUCAAUUAAAAUUUUUUAUGAGAAAUGGAAAACUUGGACACUGAAGCAAAUGAAUUAAACUUGGAUGGCGAUAGUUCGAUGUAUACUCCUCAAGUAUCAGAUGAGUUGAGGCCAAAAAAGGGGCAAGAAUUUAACACAAUAGAUGAUGUUGUAACAUUCUACAAUGCUUAUGCUAAAGCAGCUGGGUUUAGUAUAAGGGCUUGGACUACUCAGAAAGAGCCGGGAAGUGGCGAAAUAAGAAGGAAGGAGUAUGUUUGUUUUAAACAAGGAAAAUCUCCAAGAAUCGCGGAUGUUGGAAAUAAAAGACGUCGAGGAAGCGUAGCUGAAGAUUGUCAUGCCAAAAUUGCAGUUUUAAAAUCGAUCUCCGGAAAAUACAUUGUUACUAUUUUUAAAGAGGAGCACAGCCAUCCGCUAUCAACACCAUCAAAGGUUCAUCUUUUAAGGUCUCACCGUAACGUUUCAGCCGCAACAAAGUCUUUAACUAAACAGUUAUCAAUGGUGAAUACACCUCAGCAUCAACAAUUCAGUUUUCUUGGAGUACAAUCUGAAGGUAUAGAAAAUAUUGGGUGCACUCAAAGAGAUUUGUAUAAUCAUGAAAGAGAUAUACGGGCUGAUUUGAAGGGGCAUGAUGGUCAAAUGUUUUAUGAGUAUUUAAAACUGGAACAAGGAAAGAAUCCCGCAUUUACUUUUCAAAUUGAGGCCGAUGAGGAACAAAAGAUUACUCGUUGUUUUUGGUCUGAUGCAAGUUCAAGGCGGGCUUACAAUUUCUUCGGUGAUGUUGUAAUCUUUGAUACUAUUUAUAACACUAAUCGCUAUGGCCUGAUAUUUGCACCAAUAAUGGGGGUUAACAAUCAUGGUCAAACAGUUGUUUUUGCUUGUGGAUUUUUGAAUCAUGAGAGCGUUGAUGAUUUUGUAUGGUUAUUUAAUAAAUUUUUGGAAAGUAUGCCUCGUGGUGCCCCGAAGAUGAUUAUUACUGAUCAAGACCCAGCUAUGACAAAGGCAUUCCCUCAUAUUCUUCCAAAUACUUUUCACAGGUAUUGUAGUUGGCAUAUAUUAAUGAAGUUUUCUGAGAAAAUUGAUGCUGUGAAGUAUAGUAUUUAUAAAAAUGAGUUCUCGGCUUGCAUUUGGAAAUCAGAGACUCCUGAAGAAUUUGAUUUACAAUGGAAAAGUUUGAUUAAAAAAAGUGGGUUAGAAGGAAACAAGUGGUUGCAAGACCAAUAUGAACUUCGGUCAAGAUGGAUUCCUGCAUAUGUUAAUCACAUUUUCUCAGCAGACAUGUCAAGUAGCCAACAAGCAGAAAGUGGACAUGCAUUUUUUAAAAAAUUUGUUUCGAAGAAUAAUUCAUUGGUGGAUUUUAUGAUACAGUUUGGCAGGGGACUAGUGCGCCAACGUCACGAGGAGUUGAUGGCCGAUCACAAAGACGUGAUUGAGAAACCUAAACUUAUAAUAAAUCAUGACUUUUUGGAGCAAAUGGUUGAUAUUUACACUAAUGUUUAA